CUACUUUCCCUAGAAUGGAAUACGCGCUCAACAUAGAAAACAAAUAAAACGUCCAACAAAUCUCCUCCCCUCCCUUUUUAUACGCAUCGCGACGCCGCUAUUAAUUAUAAAAACGCUUCAACAUCCGAUUUCUCAUUGAACUCAGCGACUCAGUUUUAAUGGCCCACAACAUAGAGCCAGAGAAGCAGACGCUCCUCGACCAUCACAAAGAGAAACACUUCACCGCCGGUGAGAUCGUCCGCGACAUCAUUAUCGGCGUAUCCGAUGGUCUCACCGUCCCCUUCGCUCUCGCUGCCGGAUUAUCCGGCGCCAAUGCCACCUCAUCAAUUGUUCUCACGGCCGGAAUCGCCGAGGUUGCCGCCGGCGCCAUCUCCAUGGGACUCGGCGGGUAUCUCGCUGCUAAGAGCGAAGCCGAUCAUUACGCCAGAGAGUUGAAGAGAGAGCAAGAAGAAAUCAUCGCUGUUCCUGAUACAGAAGCGGCAGAGGUAGCAGAGAUACUGGCACAGUAUGGGAUACAGCCACAGGAAUAUGCGCCGGUUGUGAAUGCACUGAGGAAGAAGCCUCAAGCCUGGCUUGAUUUCAUGAUGAAGUUUGAAUUGGGAUUGGAAAAGCCAGAUCCAAGGAGAGCACUAGAGAGUGCACUAACUAUCGCAAUCGCUUACAUCUUGGGCGGAUUGGUGCCUCUCAUUCCUUACAUGUUCAUUCCAAGAGCUUCAGAUGCGGUAUUGGCAUCGGUUGCCCUAACCUUACUGGCGCUGCUGAUUUUUGGUUAUGCCAAGGGUUACUUCACAGGAAACAAACCCCUAAUCAGUGCCCUCCAAACUACCUUAAUCGGAGCCAUCGCAUCUGCAGCGGCUUUUGGCAUGGCCAAGGCUGUUCAUCCAUAAAGCAUCCAUAUAUAUCUGUGUAAGAAACUAGGUUUUCAAUUACUGGUCUUUGCUUCUAUGUCAUUCACCUAUGGAUGUUAUUUUGAGCUUUGUUUGUGUUCUUUUCCUGAGUGAUAAAACUUGAUUUCCUUAUAA